UCAUUCCCUGGGAUCACAGCUGUAGAUGUGAGUGGGAGGCUGAACAGAGACAGACUGGAGUAAAUGAGGCAGACUCAUGAUGCUUGUGCUCGUGGUUAUUGCGGCUGGUUUAGGGCUGGUCGCGCUGAUUUUAAGGUUGUUUUCUCCUCAAAUCAGAAAAUAUGCAGCAGGAGGAGUGUGCCCAUCCACAGCCCAGUUAGAUGGAAAAGUUGCCUUGAUCACAGGCGCAAACUCAGGAAUCGGGAAGGAAACGGCUUUGGAUUUGGCCUCUCGAGGCGCACGUGUGAUUCUGGCGUGUCGUGAUGUGGAGAAGGGCGAAGAGGCGGCGACAGAGAUCCGUACACGAGUGGGUGGAGCUAAAGUGGAGGUGAGGGAGCUGGACCUGGCUGACACCUGCUCCAUACGAGCCUUCGCUCAGAGAUUCCUGCAAGAGGUUGAUCACCUGCACAUACUGGUCAAUAAUGCCGGAAUCAUGAUGUGUCCUUAUAUGAAGACAGUCGAUGGCUUUGAGAUGCAUAUUGGGGUCAAUCAUCUGGGCCACUUCCUGCUCACAUACCUCCUCGUUGGUCUGCUAAAGCGUAGUGCUCCAUCACGAAUCGUGGUUGUUUCUUCACUGGCACAUAAUUUUGGCUGGAUUCGAUUCCAUGACCUGCACAGUCAGGGCAGCUACAACAGCGGCCUUGCCUACUGCCAGAGCAAGCUGGCUAAUAUGCUUUUCACCCGUGAGCUAGCCCGCAGGCUCCACGGGUCAAACGUGACCGUGAACUCUGUGCACCCGGGAACGGUGAGGUCAGAGCUCAUGCGUCAUUCUACUGCGAUGUCGCUGCUGUUUGCGGUUUUCUCCAUGUUCCUGAAGACCCCGAAGGAAGGAGCUCAGACGUCUGUCUACUGCGCCGUCGCCGAGGAGCUCCAAUCAAUCUCAGGCAAACAUUUUAGCGAUUGUGCCCCUGCUUUUGUGGCCCCCCAGGGACGUAAUGAGGAGACAGCACGGAAACUCUGGGAUGUAAGCUGUGAAUUACUAGGGAUUGAGUGGGACUGAAAUAUUCAUUUCACCUGCUUUAUUCCUCUUGGUUUUUUUUUCUCCGUAUUUUCAGUAAUUAAGAUUUAUUUUGUCUUACUUUUUGUUUAAUAUAGUUGUCUACAUUUUCUCCAGUCGCUAGCACAAUCAUGCCUUUGUGACAUGCAGUUUGAGUUUCUUUGACUCUAGAACAAAUCUGUGAAGAAUUUUAAACUUAAUGUUUUAUUCUGUUUGUAUUUUGAACACUGCUUUAACUCCCAUCUCAGUAUCGUCACAUGAAGCUGCAUAUCUGAAGUCUUUUAUACACAUGUGCUUUAAAAUGAUGUGGUAAUUUCAUUACCAGAGAUGAAUGAAUAAAUAUAUACAGUAAAAAAAAAAAAAAUUUUCCUU